UCAACACACAAGCAACAAGAAAAAGUUCUUAAUUUGUGUACUUAAGUUGGUAAUUAGUCUCUUCAACUUAUCAUCAAUGGGGAUUCCAGUUGUUGAUUUCUCAAAGAUUAAUGGAAAGGAGCGAGCCGAUACUCUAGCACUGAUUGAUCAUUACUGUCAAGAGUGGGGAUUCUUUCAGUUAAUCAACCAUGGCAUCUCUGAGGAGCUCUUGGAUAGGGUGAAGAGGGUGGCCACUGAAUGCUAUAAAUUGGAAAGGGAGGCAGAUUUCAUAAACUCAAAACCGGUGCAGUUGCUGAAUGAGCUGCUAGAAAAGAAUAGUGAUGCGAAAAUAGAGAAUGUGGAUUGGGAGGAUGUUUUCCUACUCUCAGAUGAAAAUGAUGAGGAGUGGCCAUCAAAAACUAUUGGUUUCAAGGAAACCAUGAAGGAAUAUAGAGCUGAAUUGAAGAAACAAGGGCACAAAGUCAUGAAUAUAAUGGAUGAGAAUUUAGGCUUUCCAAAAGGCUACAUCAAGAAUGCUUUUGAUGGUGGAGUCGAUAAUACAGCAUUUUUUGGCACCAAGGUAAGCCACUAUCCACCAUGCCCGCACCCGGAGAAGGUAAAUGCUCUGCGAGCCCACACAGAUGCUGGGGGUGUUGUCUUGCUCUUCCAGGAUGAUGAGGUGAAAGGACUUCAAAUGUUGAAAGAUGGGGUUUGGACUGAUGUACAACCUUUGAAAAAUGCUAUAGUCAUUAAUACGGGUGAUCAAAUUGAAGUUUUGAGUAAUGGGAGGUACAAGAGUAUUUUACACAGGGUUGUGCCCCAAACAGAUGGACAAAGGAGAUCAAUUGCUUCAUUCUACAAUCCAUCCCUCAAGGCCACCAUUCAGCCUGCUCCACAAUUGCUUGAUGCUAAGGUUGCUAAUAUGGUGAAAGAUGUCGCUAAGUAUCCUAAGUUUGUGUUUGGAGACUACAUGUCCGUUUAUCUUGAACAAAAAUUCCAACCUAAAGAACCAAGAUUCCAAGCUGUUGCAGCAAUAUAAAAGUUGAUGACUUGAUCCAAUGCGUCUUGAGAAAUGACAGAGUCUGUAUGUGUCUUGUGUGUGUUUAUGUUUUUAACUAUGGUUUUGGGCUUUUCCUUUGAGUAAAAUGCUUUACUUGGGUGUAUGUUAAUUCACCCUUGUAUGUAUGAAGCAUAUAAAAAUAAAUAGAAAGCUCAUGUUGUCUUCCGUCUCAAAUAUUUCAGAUGCUCCCCUUUUUUAUUUUCUG